GAGAGAACCAUUCAUAAACAUAGCCCGUCCUUGUCGCUCCUACGUUAUAAUCGUCAAUACGUCUCCUUUACCCCGAAUUUAGUGCGUCGCGAAACAUGUCGCAGGCGGGCGAUUCCGAUCCGCUCGAGCCAAAUUACGAGCUGUUAAAAAGUAAAAUGGGGAGUCAGAUGCUCCUCCACAGCGGCCACGCGUACUACAUGCACAGAAAUAACCAAAACUCCAGUAUGUGGACGUGCAUCAACAGGAAGAAGUUAAAAUGCAGGGGCUCGGUGAAGCUGAGCGACGAGAAUGAUCUAGUUAGCGUCAAACAUCAGCAUACCUCGCAGUGCGAGCCCGACCAUCGUAAACUCGAGGUUCGAAAAGCUCUUCGCGAGUUAUGCGAGGCAGUAGGUACUACCAGCGACCCUAUAAGGAGGCUCUACGAGCUGAAGAUGGCGGAACUGAGGGAGAAAGGGCUAGGGUCCAUGGUACCGAAGUUCGAUUCCGUGAAUUCGAUGUUGUACAGAGCAAGGAACCGAGCAAGAGAUGUAAAGACUGACGUCACAAGUCGGGGUGAAGAGAGCACGACUGAGAAUCACGUAAACAGCCAAGAAUGUCAAGGUCAAGAUGAUCUAGGCCAGGACAGUAAAUCUUUCUCAGCAGUCAAGCUGAGACAUAGGAGUCCAGUUUUUAUUUUUCGUGGAUCGCCCGGUGCCGGUGCUAAAAUUGAUCCCGAAGGUGAGAACGAGACGCUGGACGCCGAACCCCUGUCGGAGCCCGAGCCGAAGCCCAAGGCUAAGAAGACCAAGAAGAAAAAGAAGAGGAGGCGGCGAUCUGACAGUUCGGAAACCCAGCAGAGGGACGAGGAGCCUUCAGAAUCACCAGGUGGUUCCAGCGACAGCGACCGUCUGUUCCUGCUGUCCUUCCUGCCGGAGAUGCAGCGCCUGCCGCCCCACAUCAAGAUGUGGGCUCGAACCCGCAUCGCCAACGUCAUGCAGGAAGCCGUCUCCUACCACUACGACAACCAGCCCCUCCCAGAUACUGACAUCAAGCACGCCAACGUGAAUACUGAAUAGGUGUUAUUAAAUAAUUUUAUUAUA